UUCCGUGACAAGUCUCACCUUUGCAGCAAAUCGCUUCCAUGUUUGUCGAACGAGGUGCGGCCACUUCGCUCUUAGGCCUGCUUUGCUUCACUGAGCUGUAUUGCAUAGCAUCUCGGACAUGGAAAAACAAACAGCCAACGACAAAAUUCUUAGCUACAACGACGUUGUCCUCAGGAGAUCGGAUCUUGCAAUUCUCAACGGCCCGUAUUUUCUCAACGACCGCAUCAUCGAGUUCUACUUCAGCUACCUCCCAUCCACCUUUCCGGAAGCUUCCGAGGACAUACUUCUGCUCCCACCUUCAAUCACCUUCUGGAUAAAAGAGUGCCCCGACAGUGCAAGCCUUAAGGACUUCAUCGAGCCUCUUCAGCUACCCCAAAGGAAGUUGAUUAUCUUCCCAAUCAACGACAAUGAUGAUGUCACCGCGGCGGGAGGUGGGACCCACUGGAGCUUACUUGCAUUCGAUAGAAAGACUAAUUUGUUUGUGCACCAUGACAGCAGCGGAUGUCUGAACAAAAAGCACUCCAAAAGGGUUUAUAAAGCUGUAGUUGCUUAUACGGAGACUGAUGCCAAGUACAUUGACUGCUCCAGUACACCGAGGCAGGUGAAUGGGUUCGAUUGUGGGCUGUAUGUCACUGCCAUUGCACGAGCGAUCUGCAAAUGGUGUGUUAGUGAGAGACAUGAUUAUAAUAUGGAGAGUUUAUGGUUUUCUACCAUUGAGGAGCAGAUCACACCGUCACUUGUCACUAAUAUGCGAAAUGAGAUUCUGGAACUCGUUCGGAAUUUGAUGGUGAAGCAGGAGAAUCGAGUUGCUCGGAAGUGAAAACAUAGUAUCCGACAAGAACUUGUAAUAAUACGUGGUGGGCGUAAAUGAAGUACGGUUAUUUUGUUGUUGAGCGGGCGAGUUCGAAAGCAUUUGAUGGGUACUUACGUGGCACAAUGGAGGCUCUAAAUGUUCCUUAUGGCAGAUACACCUGUAAGAACUCUGUACUCUAAUCAGUAAUUUUUUUUUCUUUAUAUGAUUAGGCCUCGUUUGGUUGGGGACAUUAGCCGUGAUUAACUAAACAAUUGAUAUUUGUAUGAUGUUUGGUAUGCCUAAUAACUUCCCGGGUCGACCCGCAAGUAUUAUGUUAUCAUGCAUUAUCUUGCCUUUUAGGCAUGUUUUUUAUU